CGCUCUGACGUCACGCGGCGCUGCCAUGGCAACGGCCCGUCACGUUGUCCGGUCCAUGCGGGCGGGGCGGAGCCGCUCCCGCCCCAGCAGCGCCAUGGCGGCGGCUCGGUGACACCGCGCUCCGCGGCCGCCCGGACACCGCAGGUUUUCUUCACCAGUGGAGUGUGAGAAACAGAGGCUGAGGAAGAUGAGUGAGCUGGAGCAGUUACGGCAGGAGGCAGAGCAGCUGCGAAACCAAAUCAGAGAUGCCAGGAAAGCCUGUAGUGACACAACUCUCGCUCAGAUCACAACAAGUCUGGACUCGGUGGGUCGGAUCCAGAUGCGCACCCGGCGCACGCUGCGAGGUCACUUAGCCAAGAUCUACGCCAUGCACUGGGGCUCUGACUCCAGGCUACUAGUCAGUGCUUCUCAAGAUGGAAAAUUAAUUAUUUGGGAUAGUUAUACAACAAAUAAGAUGCACGCCAUCCCCCUGAGGUCCUCCUGGGUCAUGACCUGUGCCUACGCUCCCUCCGGCAACUACGUGGCCUGCGGGGGCCUGGACAACAUCUGCUCCAUCUACAACCUGAAAACCAGGGAGGGCAACGUGCGCGUGAGCCGGGAGCUGCCGGGGCACACAGGAUACUUGUCCUGUUGUCGCUUCCUAGAUGACAACCAAAUUGUCACUAGCUCAGGAGACACCACUUGUGCUUUGUGGGACAUUGAGACUGGCCAGCAGACCACCACGUUCACGGGGCACAGCGGGGACGUGAUGAGCCUGUCCCUGAGCCCGGACAUGAGGACGUUCGUGUCGGGCGCCUGCGACGCCUCCUCCAAGCUGUGGGACAUCCGUGACGGGAUGUGCCGGCAGUCCUUCACGGGGCACGUGUCAGACAUCAACGCCGUGUGUUUCUUCCCCAACGGGCACGCCUUCGCCACGGGCUCGGACGACGCCACGUGCCGCCUGUUCGACCUGCGGGCGGACCAGGAGCUCAUGAUGUACUCCCACGACAACAUCAUCUGCGGCAUCACCUCCGUCGCCUUCUCCAAGAGCGGCCGCCUGCUGCUGGCGGGCUACGACGACUUCAACUGCAACGUGUGGGACACCCUCAAAGGGGAGAGGGCAGGUGUCCUGGCUGGCCAUGACAACCGUGUCAGCUGUCUAGGUGUUACUGAUGACGGCAUGGCUGUAGCUACAGGGUCUUGGGACAGUUUUCUCAGAAUCUGGAAUUAACUGGGAGCCAAACAUGUACAUUCUCCAUUUGAGAUCUGGAGAGAUCAAUGCUGCAGCCUAUAGCUGUGAAAUAACAUUUCUACCUUGUAUUUGCAGGUGAAGUUUUUCUAUUCACUGAUUAUUACACAAAAAGGCUUUCUGUAAACUAGAAAAAAAAAUCAAGUGAAGAAAUAGGGGAGGGGGGAAGAAAUCACUGACUUUUUAAAAGGGGCCAGCACACAUAAUCAUGGUGACCGACAAACUAAGAGCCAGUCUUUUUGUUUUUGGUGGUUUGGUUAGAUUGUCCUUGAAGGGUUUUUGCUUGUGCUCAGUCUGCUAAUCCUGUACUUUUUUUUUGUACAUAACAGAAUAUACACAUUAUAGCAGCCAAUCAUGUAACAUUUGUCUGUAUGUAAAGAAAUAUGUUCGCAUUUUUUAAGGAACUACAUUUAUAGCUUUGCUUUUAACCCGAGAUGUCACUUCUGAGUUUUGUAGUGGGUGAACUAGAUUGCUGUUUUAAAUGUUUUUGUGAAUUUACUGUAGAUAAAGUUAAGCCAGUGGUAUGUAUGUGUUUUUUAUAAUGGAAGGCAUUUGAAUUUUUUUUAAAGGCCCUGGAGACUCCCAGUUAAUACCUACCGCCUUAUUCACUCACUUCUUGACCUGCUUGCCUAUUUUUGAUCAGGGGGUUCUUCGUUCAAGCCAGUGGUUCCUGGUUCAUCCACUGGCAGUCAUGACCUCCAAACACCAAGGAGUUAACGCCAGGUUGACUUGCACCAACAGCAGAAAUAGUUGGAAAAUAAAAGAAAUCCAGACGUUUUAGCUUCCUCCCUGCAGGUUUUUGCAUAGUUAUUCCAUGGGUACAGAAGCCAAGUGGCCAAGUGCUGUGGCCAGCUCAGCUCUGGCCAAACGUGUGGGUUUGGCUCCUCACAAGCUCCAGCUGAUGUGCACUCAGUGACUUGGCUGCUGCUCAGAGCCCAGAGCAGUGUCUGCAGAGCUUGCUUGUUCCACACCAGCUGAGAAAUUCAGGAAGACUUUGCUUAAAUUCCUAAAGAGGAUUUAACCGUGCAGUUAAUUACUUGUAAUUCCCCUCCAAAUUCAGGGGUUGCCAAAGCACAGCACAGCCAGAAGUGCUCGUUGUCAGUUGUGUGCAGUGGGAAUUACCAAAGGAAUUGUGUAACUGAACUGCACCUGCGUGACCCCUGAAAGCCUCAGGGAUAACCCUGAGGACAUGUGCUGCUUCUGUGUGGUCACUGAGGGCUGUGCCGGGGGGUUUGAGAUGCCAGAUGUUCUGCAGCUCCAGCACUGUAAACAGCCAUUUCUGCUCCUUUCCUGAUUCUGAUUUUGAUGUCAGUUGUUAGAAAUAGAGUUCAGUGCAGAGACAGGAAAAUCAUGUGACUGAUGCCCAUUUGAAACUGCCCAGGGAGGUUGCUUAACUUUUUGGUGCCUGGUGGCAGGUCUGCACUCACAGUGGAUGGUCCCCUGGGAAUCUCAACAUCUGUGGCUAUUCUGGAGUGGGAGAUGAAGUCUAUUGGCUUCUCUUAAGUGACUUAUUUUAAAGAUAAUGUGGAUUUUAAAUCCCCGGGUUGAAAGAUGAUGUUUGUCAUCAUUCAUUGGAACUGAUGGGGAGUCUGGGUGUCUCUGGGUCAGGUAGGAAAGAGAAGGGCCCAGAAUCCUGCAGUAUAUCCAAAUGGGAUUUCUGGCUGAGAUGACUUUUGUCAAGUUUCUGACAUUUUUUAAUCCUAAAUUUCAGUACUUCCAGACUGUGCCUGUGAACUCGCCAUAUCUGAAAUGGUGAAGGUGCCAAUAAAUGUACCAGUCAAUCACGGUAAAUUCACUUUUAAAAUAAGAAAAAGGCGCUUCUUAUACUGGAGAAGGAACAUUUCCUAACAGCAGCCUGUGGUGUAGGACCAAAAUCCCACUGUAUUGUCUCACAGGAAUUCCUGAGUGUUUUGCUUUGUGAUCUGUCUGCAUUUAUAGAACUACUAUGGAAUUCUUGUAACUCUCUUAAGUGAGCAGCUCUUUGGGAUCUUGCAGACUCAGUUUAUUUUUUAGUGGUGCACUUGAUUAUUUUUUUUAACUCACAGCUGCCUUGAGUGAAUCAUUCUGGAAAUUUGUUACUAAGGAAUUUUAAGAAAAUAUUUUUUUUCUAAAAGUAUUUUUUUCCAUAGAAGUGUGUUUUGAACCAAUUUCCUAGUCAACACCUUUGCCGAGACAGGUGCCAUUUUUACAUUCUGGUAUUAAAACUGGUUUCUACUUGUGAAACUCCAAAACCGAUUUUACAGCUGUAUAUAACUUUUCUUACCAGUUCAGGUAGCCUGUAACAGUGGUGAUGGCUCUUGUACAGGUAUUACUGCAAAUAACUUCACUGUCACUGUUGGAUGGCUGUGGCCUCUUGGAUUCAGCUGCUUUUCAAAUAAUUACUAAGGAAUGCCAGCUACUUGCUGAGGUGUCCAGCAGCAUCAGAGGGCUGUGCCUGCCUCUGCUCCUCGCCCAGCCCGGGUGUGAGGGGCUCAGGUCCAGCACACGAGACCCGGGAGAAACCUGAGCUCAGCGGGGGAGUCGGCGCCUGCUGCGUCUCCAGAGCCUGUGACAGAUCCUGCCCAGGUGACGUUUGCUGUGCCAUUGCUGCCCGGGCUGUGGGUUGUUUUUCAAGCCUGCAGGUUCCAGUACCACAGGUACUGUGCAGUGCCACAGAGUGACUCAGGCUGUGGCAUUCCCUUCUUCAAACGGCUGCCAGGGACCUCUGGAGGUUGAUGCCCCAGCUGAAGUGGAGGUGGUUUUUGCAGUGAAAGCUCAAACUCCUCCUAAAAGAAGGAAGGUAAUAAAAUGACCCUUGAUAGGUUUUACUUGAAAGGUUUUAUCCCAGCUUUGAAUUUCAAAGAAACUGGUGAGUGCCUGCAGUUGAUGUGGGUCCAUGUGUGCGGCUUGUGUGACUUCUGACUCUGCACCAUGACAGAAAACUUGCAGCAGGUCUUGCAGCAUGAGAGGGCACAUCUUCACUGGCUUUAAAAGCUGGCAGCCAGACUAGAUCCUCAGCUGAAUUUCAGUAAGUUGUUUCAUGACAGAACUGGAGUAACCAAGAGCAUUGUGCCAGACAGUGGCAGAGUAACUCUGGCCCAGCCUCUCUAGUUCUAAAGGCAAUCUGUUACGGCUCAGGAGCAGAACCAUGUGCUUGGUGUAACAAGAUUUAUUUUAUUCUGGCAGAGUUUGUCAGCAUUUUCUAAUGUGAUUUACCUUUGCAGUAGAGAGUUCUCCCUUCAGGCAAGUGCCCAGCCUGGGCUUGUUCCCAUGCAGCCUUGGAUGGCUGAUUAUUGGUGGAGAAAGCGAUUUGAGCUUCUGGAAACCACAGAAAGCUGCUGUGGCUCGGUGCUGAUGUUUGCUCCUGUUCUGCAGUAACGGGGCCUGGUUCCUCUGUGUGCAGCCCUUUUCCCUCCCAGCGCUGCUGUCCUGGCUGUGCUGCCUGCAGGGCUGUGGCAGUGACGGGGUUUGCAGCACUCCACAGGGAACGUGCGUUAGAGGCUUUUCCUGAGCUGCAGCAGCAGGGCCCAGGCUCCUGGCUGUGACACAUGGGCUGGAAGUAGCUGACUCCUUCCUUCAGUUGUGUGACCGCUCCUCCCACCAUGAAGUUCCCAUUAAUUCCUUUAAGGUGGAAUGGAAACAUUGUGAAAACAUUCCAAGAGUUGUAGUCUGUCCUCUCUGGGGACACUGUCACCUCCACUAGGUUUAGUGCUGUGCUUUAAGAUGUUGGUGAGAGUUUUGGCUAAUUGGACUAGUUGGUAUCGAUGGUUGUGUAGCAGAAUGGCUGGUUUGAGAUAGCAUUUCCUGUCCAAGUACUUAGCAUGGGUUGAUGGUGCACUGUGUAUCCAGUACUCUGGCAUGCAUGCUGGUCACACUCCUCCUCCACUUCAGAGGCACCAGAGCCUUUUAUCCAAUUGCUGGUUAUGUAAAAUACAUGCAGAAUGUUAAUGCAGUGUUGUUAUGGUAAAUGUGUGAACAGUGUUACUAAUUGAUAUAACUGAUAACAGAUUACAUGUGCCUGACAUUCUUAUACCACACAGUAUGUUUAGGUUUUAACUAAUAUGGACUUCGGUGGAAUAGUCUUAGGUAUUUCAAGCCUUUGUUUUACUUACACAAUGGUGCUCUCUUUGUGUUUUACUUUUUUUUUUUUUUUUUAAUAAAAGCAUCUGAACACUUGUAGUACAUAUUACAUCCAAAGGAGUCCAAAGCAAAGUGCUUCUAAACAUGCUUAAUUUUACUUUGCCUUUCGUUCCCAGCAUCUCUCAUCAGCUUUUCUUGUUUUGUUUUUACUUGUUGCUGACUACUUUGGAAAACUUUGGUAAUGUUACCAAUUAUGAAGUGAUUCUGCACUGCCUUUGGAUUGUGUAUGUAUUCAGAAACAGUCUUAAAGCUUUUAUUUAAGCUAUUAAAAAACCAGGGACUUGUGCCAUUUGUUCUUUACCUGUGCUGUUGUAAAAAUACUUCCCUGUGACAAAAAAAAUCACUUGCUAUGAACUUUGUUUAUAGCUUUUUUCCCACGAUGGAUCUUUUUCUUUGUAUUUGUACAGUGGCUCAGUGAAAGAUGUUGCCAUGAGUUGAUAUUGUAACCAAUAAACAAGUGCUUUUAACCA